UGGGGGAAAGGAGCGGAGGGCGUCGACGGUGCUGCUGCUGCUGUGCUGAAAGCUCCCCCUUCCUCUCUCACCACCGCCGCCGCCGCCAGCGCGCUGUGCAAGCCGCGCUCCAGACGCCUUUGGCUCGGCUGGCCGGCCGCUGCGCUUGCUCCCCUUUUGACACCCCCGGGCAGGAGAAGCCAGGAAGCUGCUUGUUUGUAGGGCUGGUGGAGAGAGGCGCUGGGGGCGGCGGGGCGCCUUGCAAAACCUUGCCGUUUGCAGGGAGGGGGACGCCGGCCAGGGGGCUGCCGUCGUUGACGCGGGUUUCCCAGAGGCGAAGCAACUGUUAAGGGUCCAUCAUGUCUGACAGAAAGGCUGUGAUCAAAAAUGCUGACAUGUCUGAGGACAUGCAGCAGGAUGCUGUGGAUUGUGCUACGCAGGCCAUGGAGAAGUACAAUAUAGAGAAGGAUAUUGCAGCAUACAUCAAGAAGGAAUUUGACAAGAAAUACAACCCCACCUGGCACUGCAUCGUGGGCAGGAACUUCGGUAGCUACGUAACGCAUGAGACGAAGCACUUCAUUUACUUCUACUUGGGCCAAGUGGCGAUUCUCCUCUUCAAAUCCGGCUAGGGGUUCAGGCCAGCGCCUGUGGGGGUCACGGCUGGUGAGGAACAUGGACUGUAGCACUAAAGACAGGCUCCAGCUCUUUAACCAUGGCUGCGCCACUGCAUGGACUCGAUAACUAUAUUUAAUGUGUAUAUGUUGCCGUAAAAAAAAUACCUACAAUUCUCAUUUCUUUCUCUGUUUUGGGGAGAUUGCCUGGGAGAAGAAAGGCAGCGUAUUAUCCCCCUCUUCCUCCUCUUCUUUUAUCUUUCCCCCCCUCUCUUUUAUGUUCCUGCUUCUUUUUCUUUUUUUUCCUGUUCUUUUGCACUAGGAGAACUGUAAAAUGCUUCAACAAUGGCCUUUAAGUGAGAAGAAGAAAUGAAAUGAAAUAAAAAAAAAAAUAAGAAACUUCAAUUCCAGAAAACAAAUCUUUGGGUUUAACUUUCUUGCAGAAGGCUUGGAGGUCUAACCCCCUAGCAGAGGAAAAAGAUUAAAAAAAAAUAAAACUUGUGUUAGGUGUAGAAUCUGUCUAAAAGUUAACUAAAUUCUUUUC